AUGGAGAAGCACCGAUGGAGAUGCGCAGAUGGGGAAGAAGCACGGAUGAGGAGGAACAAUAAGGUAAGUCCCUAGGGAACCAGAAGAACUACUUUAGUCUAGAAUAAGGUCGGCGUAGAACUGUCACUUAUUUUCGUUCAAAAAUUUGCAUUUUUGGUCCAAAAAGGUAGUUCUACGAUCUUUGAGUACACCCUGCUCCAAGGGCGGGUCAUCUCAAUGAAAAACGACCAAAAGUCUAGAUCUUAGUAAACCUUCUGGAGUCGCUAAGCACGGGGAGGGGUGGUGCGCGCUCCAAAAACAAAUUACGACUUCAAUGUGUCUAUACCUCCAAUUCCCAUGUCUUGAUCUCGGUUAAAGGUGUCCUUGGCGCUGCCUUCAGAAAGCAGCUUAAUACACCGUCUGAUAACCGGAUGAGUAGAAAGGGAUUGGUAGUGAACCACAUUUGGAGUCGUGAUAGUUUUUGGAGCGGUGGCGGCGCGCGACCAGACCAAAAUGUACUAUUUUGGCUGGGCUCUUGGUUUGAUCGAGUUUUUCGCCGAUCAAACUGAGAUUUCGGUUCAAGGUGGUGCAUUUGUGGGACUGGGCUUUCAGGUAGAAGGUCCCGGAGGAGAUGAGAAGAAGAAGAAGAAGAAGAGCAAGAAGAAGAAGAGGAAGAAGAAGAUGGAGAAGAAAAAGAAGAAAAAGAAGAGGAAAAAAAGAAAAAGAGGAAGAAGGGGAAGAAGAUGGAGAAGAAGAAGAAAAAGAAGAGGAAGAAGAAGAAAAAGAAGAAGAGGAAGAAGAAGAUGGAGAAGAAGAAAAAGAGGAAGAAGGAGAAGGAGAAGAAGAUGGAGAAAAAGAGGAAGAAAAAGAAGAAAAUGGAGAAGAAGAGGAAGAAAAAGAAGAGGAGGAAGAAGAAAAAAGAGACGAAGAGGAGGAAAAAGAAGAAGAUAAAGAAGAAAAAGAGGAAGAAAGAGAAGAAAAUGGUGAAGAAGAGGAAGAAAAAGAAGAAGAAGAAGAAGUAG